AUGGCCAUGUCCGAUGCAUUGGCGCGCAACAUAGCUUGCCUGGUGCUGGAGGUGGUGUACCUGGUGGGGCUGCUGUGGAACGUGAGUGGCGAGCUGGCGAAGAUGGGGGACCAUGCUGCCGUGCUACUGCUGGUGACGGUGCUUCAGGUGGUUGUGCUGGUCUCGGUGAUAACCCUCUCAGAACUCCUUGUUCCCGCCCCAUCGUACCGGCACCUGAACCUAGGGAUGGGAGGUGCUGGAAGGGGAUGGGAGGGGCUGGAAGGGGAUGGGAGGUGCUGGAAGGGGAUGGGAGGGGCUGGAAGGGGAUGGGAGGGUAUGGAAGGGGAUGGGAGGGUCUGGAAGGGGAUGGGAGGGGCUGGAAGGGGAUGGGAGGGGCUGGAAGGGGAUGGGAGGGGCUGGAAGGGGAUGGGAGGGUCUGGAAGGGCAUGGGAGGGUCUGGAAGGGGAUGGGAGGGUCUGGAUGGUGAUGAGAGGUUCGGCUUGCCCCUACGAGCAGGACAAAGAGUGGCCCAGUGAGAAAGGAGUGGAUGGGAGGGACGAAAGGUCGAAGGCACAGAGAGGUGUUGGGAGGCAUGAAGGGGAGAUGGGAAGGCAGAGAAAGGAGGUGGGACACAUGAAAGGGGGAGGGGCAUGCAGGGAAAGGUGGUGGGAGGCAUGA